UCCGUGCCUACGACCUUUUCUGUCUCGCGCAUGCUCACCUCUUCCUGUUAGCUUGUGGCUAGAGGACGUUGGUGUCACAGAGGAGAGGGGCUCCCACGUAACUUUAAUUUAUCUGCAAAUUGCGUGAAGUAACAGAAGAAAGAUGUUUUCCCGUGCCGUCAGACCAACCGUCAGCUUCGCGCGGUGCUUGUCCACCUCCUCGCAGAACAACGCCAAAGUUGCGGUGCUCGGAGCGUCGGGCGGCAUAGGCCAGCCUCUCUCCCUGCUGCUGAAGAAUAGCCCCCUGGUGAGUCACCUCUCCCUGUAUGAUAUCGCUCACACACCUGGGGUCGCCGCCGACCUCAGCCACAUCGAGACAAGAGCCCAGGUGACCGGCCACAUGGGGCCCGAUCAGCUCGACGCUGCACUGCAGGGCUGCGACGUCGUGGUGAUUCCUGCCGGCGUGCCGAGGAAACCCGGCAUGACCCGCGACGACCUCUUCAACACCAACGCAACCAUUGUGGCCACCUUGGCUGACGCCUGCGCUCGCAACUGCCCAGAGGCUAUGAUCUGUAUCAUUGCAAACCCCGUGAACUCCACCAUCCCCAUAACAGCCGAGGUCAUGAAGAAACAUGGCGUGUACAACCCCAACAGAGUGUUUGGUGUCACAACCUUGGACAUUGUCAGAGCCAACACCUUCGUGGCUGAGCUCAAAGGCUUGGAUCCAGCUCGUGUCAAUGUUCCGGUCAUCGGUGGUCACGCAGGGAAGACCAUCAUCCCCCUCAUUUCGCAGUGCACACCCAAAGUGGAGUUCCCUGCUGAUCAGCUGUCUGCGUUGACCGGCAGAAUCCAGGAAGCAGGUACAGAAGUGGUGAAGGCCAAGGCAGGAGCUGGCUCUGCUACCCUCUCCAUGGCCUAUGCCGGCGCCCGCUUCACCUUCUCUGUCCUGGAUGCCAUGAAUGGAAAAGAAGGCGUGGUGGAGUGCUCAUUCGUCAGGUCUGAGGAGACUGAGUGCAAGUACUUCUCCACACCUCUCCUCCUGGGGAAGAACGGCAUCGAGAAGAACCUGGGGCUGGGCAAGUUGUCCGCCUUUGAGGAGAAGCUGGUGGCUGAUGCCAUCGGCGAGCUGAAGGCCUCCAUCAAGAAGGGUGAAGAUUUUGUCGCUAACAUGAAGUGAACCCAUAAAUCAUUCACUAUUUUCAAUACCCAACCACAGUUUUGAUGGAUCAUUUAUUCUGUCUUAAAAUGCAUCAGAGUACCUGAAGUUCUGUCAGUGUUUCCUCUUUAUUAAUUCUUGGCAGAGUGAUCAUUAAGUACCUUUUCCUUUCCAGUCCUGGAUUUUUCUUUGUGAUUAUUAUUUUCGGAAAAAAACUGUACUGUGACGGUUUUAAUUUUUUUUUUGUGUUGUGAAUGUCGAAAAAACUGUUAAAAAAAUCAUAUUUUCAUGUACUUGUUCCCUGCUGAGUGAUACAGGAGGAAAUACUGUCAUGUCUGCUGAUGCACUUACUGUAGUUGUUACUGACUCAAAAAUAUUCACUCCAACAAUAAACAGCAGAGCUUUAAACAGA